GCCUUGGUUGGCCUCGUACUGUCCUACAGUAAAAGCGAUUGGACGCAGGUUGAAACAUUCAGUCCGAACAUCUUUUUUCUUGUUCUUCUUCCUCCGAUCAUUUUUGAAAGUGGCUAUAACUUGCAUAAGGGUGACUUCUUCGCCAACAUGUUCCCAAUAUUGUCAUUCGCAAUAAUCGGUACGGUGAUAUCGGCUCUAACUAUCGGCUCAGCGCUGUACAUUCUCGGGCAAGCAGAUCUCAUAUACAAAAUUACGGCGGCGGAGAGUUUCACAUUUGGUUCGAUGAUUUCUGCUGUGGAUCCCGUUGCCACGCUUGCUAUAUUUCAAGCAUUAAAUGUGGAGCGGAUGCUGUACAUGCUUGUGUUUGGGGAAUCGAUGCUUAACGAUGCAGUGGCGAUCGUACUGACCUCCACCGCGGUCGAAAUGUCGCAGCAGAGUACCUUGGAUUCAUCUUCGGAUAACAUGCUAUUCCCAGCACUUUCUCGCUUUACUUUUGUUUUCCUUGUUUCCGCUGUACUGGGUGCCUUUGUUGGAUUCCUUUCUGCGCUGCUAUUUAAACACGUCGAUUUGCGGAAGACGCCAGCUUUGGAGCUUGCAUUAUUACUCAUAUUUGCAUAUUUGCCCUAUGGACUCGCUGAGGCCAUCUCGCUUUCCGGUAUAAUGGCAAUUUUGUUCUGCUCAAUAACGAUGUCUCAGUAUACACAUUUCAACAUUUCACCAAUCACUCAAAUCACUAUGCAACAAACGUUCAGAACAAUUGCAUUUGUAGCAGAGACGUGUACAUUCGCUUAUCUGGGCCUCGCUUUGUUCACAUUCAAACUUGAAUUCCGUCCUAUGUUCAUACUAUGGAGUAUCGUAAGUUUUUCAUUUCCCCUAACGAACUCACUUUUAGACAGAAUCUUCUUAAUACUGCACUGGUUAAAUAAAGUUUUCAGCUUAGCGUUUCGCUAA